UGCGAGGAUGAUCAGCCUUUGAAUGUCUGCUUUACUGAUCUAACGAAGCAUUAAGCAUUAUAUGCAACCGAUAAAGUUUAAACCUUUCGCACAUUGCCUCGAGCUCAUUCUAGAGUAGUUUGUGAUCUGUUAGGUCGGAUCCCGGGGUCGGAUAAUAUCCAUACCAUACCAGACUUUUUGCAGCUCAUUGAGAGGAAGAUUCAAGAUGAGUUCUGUUUUUAUCGACGAAGGAGCAGUUCGAGAUGGAUACGAGAACGUCAGGAAUGACGAAACCCCAGAGAAUUGGGUGGUCCUGAAGUAUGAUGGCAAACAGAUAUUCGUAUAUGAAAGUGGUAUUAACUACGAAGAUUUCUAUGCACAAUUUGGAGAUGAAGAAGCAGUGUAUGGAUACGUUAGAGUUGAGACUGGUGACGAAAUGAGUAGACGGGCAAAGUUUGCUAUGAUUACGUGGGUUGGGUCGAAUAUCUCUCCGCUAAAGAAGGCGAGAGUUAGCACAGACAAAGCCAUCGUCAAACAGGUCUGGAUUCAAUUUGGCAAAGAGAUUAUUGCUGAUGAGAAAUCUGAGUUGGCAUACGACAAGAUAGCAGACAUACUUGAACGGGCAUCAGGAGCCGCCUACGGGACUGGAAAAUAAAUUUGAUAUUACGUAAAUAGGCUUAAUCGUUCAUCAUUUUACUUCUUAAUUCUAUUCUAAGUAAAUUUAGGAUGUUUUUCUUUUUAACUUAACUUUCCCUUUUCUCGUAAGCUACGGUCGCAAAGGUUGAACAACGCACCAAAA